AUGUGGAAAUUGAACAGAAAUCUUUCAAGUAUCUUAAAAACUCGUGCUCGAANGUUGAUGAAAUUCGAUUGGAUGAAGAAAAUGACGAUGUCGUCGUCGUCGUCGUCGUCGUCGUCGUCGUCGAAAUCGUCGACAUCGUCGACAUCAUCGACAUCGUCGACAUCGUCGACAUCGUCGACAUCAUCGACAUCGUCGACAUGGUCCUCAUCGUCGUCAACCAAUCUAUCUAACAUGGUGGUUCCUAAGAACGAGGUGAUCAGAUUUAUCUCCGAUUGUUUAUGCAAGGUCGGAACAACCCCCGAGGAUGGGUAUAUCGUUGGCCAUCACUUAAUGACUUCCGAUUAUUGUGGCCAUUUUAGUCAUGGAAUGAACAGAAUGCAAGCUUACGUGUUGAGUAUCAAAAAUGGAAUAACCAAUCCUUCCGCGAAACCGACGGUCGUUAAUGAUUUUCAGGCGGUAGCUUUAAUCGACGGGAACAACGGAUUGGGGCAUACGAUCGGUAAAUAUUGCAUGGAGCUCGCGAUAGACAAGGCGAAGAAGUACGGUAUCUCAAUGAUCACGGUUCGCGGCUCGAAUCAUUACGGGAUAUGCGGUUAUUACACCCAAAUGGCGAUCGAAAAAGAUUUGAUAGGGUUCACCUGCUCGAACACCAGUCCAUUGAUGGCCCCGACGCGGAGCAAGAUCUCGGGAUUGGGGACGAAUCCGUUGUCCCUGGGGAUGGGGGCGUCGGGCGGCGACAAGUUCUUGUUGGACAUGGCGACGACAGCCGUCGCGUUUGGAAAAAUCGAGCUGGCCAUGAGGAAGAACGAAUCGAUUCUCAAGGGUUGGGCGCUCGGCACGGAUGGGAAGAUCACGACGAACGCUCAAGAUGCGUUCAAUGCCGGCCGUUUGAUGCCACUCGGUGGCGUGGAGGAAAAUUCGAGCUACAAAGGGUAUGGAUUGGCGUUGAUGGUCGAGGUGCUUUGCGGGAUCCUAUCAGGAAGCGAUUUCGGGCCUAACAUCAGGCAAUGGAAGGACAGGGCGAAAGUUGCCAAUCUUGGCCACUGUUUCAUAGUUAUAAAUCCUGACGCGUUUACAACCGGAUCGAAGGACAGGUUGGCCAAAUUGUUGACUCAAUUGAGAAACUUGCCUCCCACCGAGAACAAAUCUGUCUUGAUACCCGGGGACCCGGAAAAAAAUUCCAUGAAACUCGUCGACAGAGAGGGUGGGAUUACGUAUCACCCUAAUCAAUUGAAAUUAUGCAAAGAUUUCGCGGAUAAAAUGGGUGUCAAGCCUAUGCAACUUGUUCCGAAAAAUAGAUUAAAAUAA